AUGAGCAGCUGGAACUCGGACGACCGGUGGCAGGACUCGAGCUCGUCCGCAACAGGCUCGAGCUAUGACUCGUCGGCGACGAGCGGCCUCGAGUUCCCCGUCCUCCCCACGAUCCCGUCGGGCAGCAUCGACAUCGGCUCCAUCGCCCCAGUCUUCGGUGUGGCGGCAUACGACGACGACGCCGACUACUUGGACUACGAUAAGGCCGGUCGCCCGUUCAUGGAGCAGAUGAGCGGAUCGUGCGGUACCGCCUACUUCUCGGGUAUCAUCGGCGGCGGCGCCUACGGAGCAAUCAAGGGCUUCUCGCGCUCGCCCAGCACCAAGUUUAAAAUUAGGAUGAACUCGCUCAUGAACGGCGCAGCCACGCGCGGCUCCAAGGCUGGCAAUGCACUCGGCUGUCUGGCCAUGAUCUACAAGGCUUUCGAGUACGUAGCUGACUCGGCUGAGAUCGAGAAUAUCGUCAAGUUCGACCAGGUAACGCCGAUCCUGGCAUCGGCAGCUACUGGAGUGUUCUACAAGUCGACGGCCGGUCCCAAGGCCAUGGUGCUGGCUGGGGCUCUCGGUGCUGGACUCAUGACGGUUGUGCAGUUCGGCAUCAAGCCUUUCUACCCGCGACUAUAG